AUGGUUAAAGAUUUCAAACAGUCGUUGACAACAGGCUUGGUCUCUAACCUGGAAACCAAGGAUAAGCAUGGAGCAUCUAUCCACCCGUUGUAUUUGUCCACGACCUUCAAGGUGGAUUUAGAUAGGGACGACCAGGCAUAUGAUUACUCUAGGUCGGGUAACCCGACCAGAUCACUUUUGCAGCUGCAAAUCGGCAAACUGUAUGAGGUUCCUCAGGAACAGGUGCUUGCAGUGAGCAGCGGGAUGACGGCUUUAGACUCGAUUUUUCGCGGGAUUGUGCUCUCGAAGGCUACGCACGUCCCCACGAUAAUAGCCGGUGAUGACUUAUAUGGUGGAUCGGACCGUUUGCUAGCUUACUUUGACUCGAGAUGCCAUUCUCGUGCGGUUCAUGUGGACACUUCAGAUUUUGACAGAUUUAGAACAGUUUUCCAGUCCUUGGACAAAGUCGAUGCUGUACUGUUGGAGUCUCCAACGAACCCCAUGUGCAAAGUGGUUGACUUGCCAAGAAUCUUCAAGUUUAUUAAGCAGAACUCUCCAUCCACGCACAUUAUUGUUGAUAACACAAUGAUGUGCGGUAUGAACUGCAAUCCGAUUAAACUGGGAGCCGAUGUGGUUUAUGAAUCUGCAACGAAAUACUUGAAUGGGCACCACGAUAUUAUGGCUGGGGUCAUUGUUACAAAAACACCAGAACUGGCAAAACAGAUUUAUUUUGUCACUAACGCUGUUGGUUCAGGAUUGUCUCCCAUGGAUUCUUGGCUGCUGAUUCGUGGGUUAAAAACUCUAAGCGUCAGAUUAUAUCAACAGCAGUACAAUUCGAUGAUUCUGGCAAAAUGGUUGCAGGACUGCUGCGGUUUCAAACCCACUGCUAAAAACCCAAGAUUAAAGACAAGAUAUGUUGGUUUAAAAUCAAAUCCCCAAUUCGAGUUGCAUAAGUCUUUCAACAGCGGGCCUGGUGCCGUGUUAGCCUUUGAAACUGGUUCUGCGGUACUAUCCCAACGGAUUGUCGCUUCGAAAGCCUUCAAAGUUUGGUAUGUUACUCUUUCAUUUGGUUGUAUUAAUUCUGUUUUAUCAUUACCGGGUAAGAUGUCUCACGCUUCAAUUGAUCCAGAAGUCAGAAAGCAACGUGAAUUUCCAGAAGAUAUUGUUAGGCUCUGUGUUGGUAUUGAAGAUAUAGUAGAUCUUCAAAAAGAUUUGCUGAAUGCAAUGAUUGAAGCAGACGUACUAGAGUUACAGGAUAAUGACAAAUGUAUUUUCAAUAAGUUGAAUGGACAUAAGGCUUUGAACACUAUUGGUGAAGUUGGAAGUCAAAAGCGAAGCAUUUAUGAUGAAUUUUAUGGCCAAGAUUUAAUUGCGAAGGACAACAAAAUAAAUAACCGAUUACUGAAAUUGUAA